AUGAAGUUCUUCAACGUUGUCCUUGUGGCUACUCUUGCUGUGUUCGCCAAUGCUGCUGCUGUGCCCAACCCCGAAGCUGCUUUGACCAACCCUCUUGAAAAGCGCUGCAAAUCAACUCGCAGUCUUUGCACGCUCUCUAGUCAGUGCUGCAACGGUGCGUGUGUCGGUGGUACUACUAUCAACAAGUUCGUCAAGUACUGCAAUUGA